UAUUGUUCGAGCGCGCUUUCAGCCUGUUUGCUUCUGUUGUCAGAGAGAGUUGUCUGCUUGGAGCAGUGUUUACGCGUCUAAAAGGCCGGUUAUAUCCUUUGAUUUGGGCGCCUGUAUUAGACUGUACCACCAGGAAUCUUGCACUAAUGUGUUGCUGUCCUAGAUAUUUACGUCGAAUGGUUUGAGUCUUCAUCAUUAAACUUAUUCAAGUGGGCAUUGCUACCUUACUCUGCUAGCUUGCUAGCUAACGACAAGCAACCCCGCUAGCAGGCUGCAACUCAAAAGCAGGUUGUCUUCACUCUGCUGAAGGGCGCGAUUGGCUAUAAUCUCAGGGAAGAGCCUGGUUGCACUGAAUCUGGAAAUUUACUCUCUUCUUGGGACAAGCUAAGAUCUUCAGGACGUACAGAAGUUGUGGGCAGUGAUGGCAGAAAGACCCGAGGACCUCAACCUUCCCAACGCUGUCAUUACGCGGAUAAUUAAAGAAGCACUGCCCGAUGGAGUGAAUGUAUCAAAGGAGGCGAGAAGGGCCAUCUCCCAGGCGGCCAGUGUAUUUGUUCUUUACGCUACAUCCUGCGCUAACAACUUUGCCAUGAAGUCAAAACGGAAGACGCUGAAUGCUGGCGAUGUGAUGUCAGCCAUGGAGGAGAUGGAGUUUGAGCGGUUCCUGCAACCCUUGCGCGAGGCUCUGGAAGCUUACAAGAAGGGGCAGAAGGGCAAAAAGGAGGCCUCUGAGCAGAAGAAGAAAGACAAGGAGAAAAAGAGUGACGCAGAAGAGAGUGAUAAGAACAAGGAUGAAGAGGAGGAAGAGGAAGAACACAUGGACGAGGAGCCAGAGGUGGAGAAUGAAGCUGAGGAUGAGGAGGUGGAGAACUGAGGACGACCUCACCUCUUACUACAUCACAUGAUGGGCGGCACGCUUGUCGUUUGAACUGUUAGUUUCGUACUGAGCCAGUGGUCUGGGGCCUAUACUAAGAGGCUGGGUCAGGAGUAAACCAGGUUAAGUUAAGAGAUAAAUCAUCUAAUAGAAGAGCCUGGAGUCCUUAGUCUCUUAAGAAAAUGAGGACUCCAGGCUCUUCUAUUAUAUGAUUUACCUCUUAACGUAACCUGGUUUACUCCUGAACCAGCUUCUUGGUAUACCCCUCUGGGAUGCAGCUAUAUACAUAGUACAAUGUGUACAGUUUUUGUCAUACUGCUGCGAUGUGUAGUAUAGUACUACUUUGGACAAGUUUGGAGUUACACGCAUGGUGAAAUGUGAGGUGGGUUUUCAUCGCCAUCUUUUCAGAGUUACAUGGAGAACUGUGCUGUGUUUGUAGGGUUCCAAGAAAUGCUUUGAAAAGUGUAACACUUCUCAGGUUGCCAAAUUUAGAAAUGGCAGAGGUUUCCCCAAUCAUUGUGUCCAACUGGUGAGCUAGGGGCACAUUAAAACAGACAAAUAUGGAACAUAAGUCUUUUGGGUGGAGUUGUAACCCUUUGUACUUUUAUAUUUUGCCUUUUCAUAGAACUUUGUUAAAAAAAAAAAAAUACAGCGCUCCUAUCAUUAAAGUGCUAUAAAAAACA